AUGCUCUUCUCAACUACCCUCUACCUCCUCUGCCCCCUUCUACUAAUCCUCCAGGCAACUGCACAGCUACUCGACCCUGUGCAGUGCCUCUCUAUCUCCCUCCCCUCCUAUCCUCCAGCCUCUCCAACUACCCCCCUGUGUCGAUCCACGACUACAAUCCCUACCUCAUUCUCCUCCACGCCCACCCUUGUCCACAUUCUCCCCAUCAUCCCGCCUCUCCUUCCCAUUCCCGACUCCAUCUCCGCCUUCCCCACACUCGCCGAGGAGAAGAGAGACCAGGUUACCGAGACCUCCGACCCCUCGCCGACCGUCCCCGCAGAGUCCUACAAUCAAAGACAGCCUGGUGGCAGCAUAUGUGACACGAAAGAGUGCCAGCAAAAGCGGUACAUCUAUGACUAUGGGGCUACUCUCAUGUCCCUCUCUGCUUCGGGGAUAGUGUAUCCCAUGAAGCGGGAUGAACAGCGCGGCAAGCCCAUCGUGGUCAGUGUUAUCGCCCCUGCGGCUGCCCCUGGUAGGAGCUCCAGCGUGGAAAUCGAGGCAGCAAUCCUUGCGUCUACUUCCUCAGCCGACAGUGCCUAUCCGACCACGUUGGAGAAGCGCCACAGGAAGUACACCACGAUCGCUGGUCCCGCCCCUACUCCUUCCCCUGAUACACCAGGACUGCCCGAACUAGUGGCCGCGGGAGCUGGAAAUGGCUCAAUACUCUUGUUUGGCAACCGAACACUGGCAGAGCUCGCCAUGUUAGGUUUCAAAAUUGCCCCGAAGCCCGUACCUCGCAACCUCACACUGGCAGAACUCGUAGCCGCGGGAACUGGGAAUGGCUCUCUGCUCCUGCUUGGUAACCGUACAAUGGCAGAAAUCGUGGCAUUGGGCUCUGGACUCGCCCCUCGCAGGCUCCCCACCAACCUCACGCUGUCCGAAUACCUCACAGCAGCUUACGCAUCCGCCGCCUUCCCGCAGCAGCUCCCGCGCAACCCCACCCUCUCCGCAAUCCUGGCUAAGAAACUCGGGAUCGACCCUGCGAACAACCCUGAUGAUCUCGCGCUUCUGCAGUUUGUGUUGGCGGUGCUGGGGCAAUGGCAUGAUGGUUUCUCUACAAAUACUACCACCGCUGCCGCCACCGCCGCCAAGUCCGAGGCUACUGGGCUCGCUGCGGUAGGGGAGAAGCCGUCCUUCAUUGAAGAGGCGAUCGAAGUGGGCGAAGGAGGUGCUACCACCCUCCCCGCGCGCGUGAGACGGUUGUUCAAGCGACGCGGUGGGGGUGGCUCCUCUGGUGGGGGUGGGCGGGGCGCUUCUUCCUCGUCAUCUAGCCAGGGCGGUGGCAGGGGUUCUUCUUCCUCUUCCUCAUCGGGAGGGCAAAGCGGCGGCGCUGUUUCUGCGCCAAAAGCCCCUGCUCCAAAAGCGGAUCCACCUGCGAAGAAACCCGCGGCUGGGAAGGGUGGGGUGGCUGGGCAAGGUGCGGCUGUUGGGGCAAAUGGUGGGGGCGGGGAUAAAGGCAAGGGCUCUGCGAAACCUGAUGCUAGUAAGGCUGCGGGGAAGCCGAAGCAGACGCCGAAUUCUCCUGCGAAGGCACCGGUGAACAGCGAGAGUGGAGCGCCGAAGAAGGCGAAUGGUGGUGGAAAGAAGGGGAGUGGAGGUGGGAGGAAGAAGGGACAUAGCGAUGGCUGUGCGCAAUGCGAGGAGAGUGCUGCGGCGAGGGCGGUCAUGUCGGGGUGGGCGGUGGCUGUGGGUGUUUUGGCGGGGUUGGUGUUAUGA